GCAAACAAGAUGAGGUCCAGAGAUUACAGGAAGAAGUUUCUAUACACGGCAUGCCUUUUGUUCGGCAACUUCAUGUCGGGUUGGGUCAACGGUCAGAGAGGGCCGUCCCUACUGGACUUACAGAUCAUCACGGGGACGGACUUGUCUCAAGGCUCCGCCUUUUUCACAGCUGCUGCCACUGGAUCUGUGGUUGGAGCCGUUGCUGGUGGAGCCAUCUAUGACCGGUUCAAUAAAUACCUGUCGCUGUUCAUCUCGAUGGCCGGGCACGGACUGACUGUAGCUGUGAUUCCACUGUGUUCACCCUACUGGCUCAUGAUCACCAUGUUUGCAGUACACGAGUUCUUCCUCGGCAUAUUUAAAACAGGCGUCUUUCCUGCGAUGCUGACCUGGAUUGAGAAGGACUUUGUGGAACUCUCGGGUAAAAUCAUGUCCGUCAUCUUUAUAGCUGUAGGUCUGGGUGGAAUGGUCAAUCCUCAGAUCAUUGGUCAUCUGAUGCAAGUAUACAGUCCUCUCUGGUACAAUUAUGUCCUGACCAUCGAGAGUGUUCUGUUGUUCCUCAGUUUCCUAAUGUUGGUGUGGCUUGUGAAGAAAGUCCUGAGCAAGCAUCACUUAUCCUACACUGACACAACAGACACAGCGGAAGAAAUGGAGGAACCUCUGGAUGAGGAUAUAACCCAAGCUUCAUAA